AGACUGGAUGCAACAAAGUUCCAGGCUCCAUUUUCUUGCAUCAUGGGCGGUAACACGGAGGUCGAUCCGACUGGUGCACUCGAACAAGCAAAUCUUGGUGAUAUUGCGGCAGAGUCCCUUGUUAGAUGAAACGGUGUGUGCUAACGCUGACUGGUGCCACAGCACUGUGCUUGGCUGCAGAAAACUCUACAAGCUUGGCGAUUGAUACGAGCAAGACAGGGAAACGAUAUAUGUCCUAUAGAAAUGUAAGUAUCUGGUCUGGAUCAUGUGGACUGCGGACCUCUGCGGAAAACCUAUCACAAUCAGAAUUAUCAUCGCACCUGCCCACUCAGGCUAGUGAGCGCUGAACCAAAAUAGUUAUAGCUAGGUACGCUUUGGGUACGCCAACUUGAACUUCUACGCUCGUGAUCAGUCAGUCCUUCACAGUGAACCUGCUACUAGCGCUCAACUCACCAAGUCCAUCUCUCACCACCUUUGCGAGAACAUGAGUGCUGACCCGAACAACAACUCCGCGGCUUCAAAGACCGUCUAUAUCGAACAUGUGACUCAUCCAGAGAGGGACAAUCAUUUUCGCGCUAUAGCAGCUUCUAGUAAACUCCUUAAGGCAAACCAGAAGAAUUUCAGCAUACAAUGUACGCAGUGUCAAACGAGUUUGGAGAAACCUUUGAAAUGCGCCAAGUGCAAGAGCGUCUGGUAUUGCUCAAAAGAGUGUCAAAAGAAAAAUUGGUCCACCCACAAACCGUCAUGUCACGAAGUUGAACGCUCCUCGGGGGCACUCAAAUUCAUACAAAUGUUCAGUGCAAACCCAUUGCUCAUGGGGUACCUCAAAAUCGGUAUCCUCUUUGACUGUGGCCUGCUCGACAAUCCCCGUAUCGGAUUUGACGUGCCAUUCAUGGCACGUGUUGACAUUGCAGUGGAGCCGAGUGAUAUUCUUGACUUCACAAGAUUGUAUCUCAACGACAAAGCUGUUGGGGAGAAGCUUCAAGGGAUGUUGCAAGUCAAUUCUAUCACUCCGUGGCACUCAAGCAUGCAAAGUCCCCUUACGCCGAGGCGGCUACAGAAAUGGCGUGAGGCCCGAGCAAGGUGUAACGAAGAAGGUUGCGCCAAAGAUCCCGUAGGCCUCGUAGAGUUCAUCGGCUGUAGUUGUGCAGAGGACUCGGGGAACUCAGUGACCGCUGAGUUCCACAUCCCCGCUGUUCUUCUUGAUUUUGCAAAGAAACGCGAGCCCUUCACAGGCGUCUCUGCUGUCACGGGCACGCAGUUCAAGAAACCCAUGAGUGCUGUGGCAUGUCUAGAGUUCAUCAACUUGCAUAUUAGGGCGGAUAAGCAGAAUCAAUUGCAUUUGCGCUCUGAGAUGACAGAGCAAGACAAGGAAGCUAUUCGCGCUGCAGGUCGCGAUGAGGAGACACUUCCGGCUCGUAUUCUCAAAGAUAAGAUGCAAAGAGAACACCUCUAUGCUAAUGUCUCGCAAUUGAGACACUAAAUAGUCGCAUCUCUCGGUUCGAAGUCGUAUGUACAAUGCCUCUUGAAUGGGCUGCCAUGUACGAGCGAUAAUCAGUCCACUUGGAUAAUUACUGCUCCUGUAAUACAACAACUGGACGAGAAGUCCUGAGGAUUGAAGAUCCAGCCUG